AGGGGUUGUUUUAAACCUUUAGCGAUUACUGCGCACAAGCUGCGUCGUCAGGGGCAACGGCGGCGAAGCGUUCAAAGAUGGCGGCGGACGACUUCAGAGACGUGCUUCUCGAGCUCGAGAGGCUCGAAUCGGAGGACAAACACAUCCGAAAACGAGCCCUCGAGAACAUCUGCUCGGCCGUGAAUGCGAUGCACGGCGAUUUGCCCGAGAACAAGCGCAAGGUGCUCGUCUCCGUCAUCAUACGUCCCGUCAUAGGCGCUCUCACCGACCCCACCGAGCGGUGCCGCGAACUGGGAGCUCAGUUGCUGCUCGACAUCACCUCCGUGCUUCCUCUCUCCGACGACGUCGUAGCCCUGAUCGUGCCUGCGCUGCGGAGACGGCUUCUCGCCGGCGUCGAGCCCUUGACCAGCGGCGCGGGCGAAGUGGCCGAAGAAGUGCGCCUCCUCGAAGCCCAGGCGCUCACGAGGACCGUGAUGGGUGCCGGUGCGAGGUGCGUGUCUCAUCUGAACGACAUCGUCAUAACCCUGUGCUCCUGUCUCGUCGAUCCGUUCGUGGAAGUCAAGAAGGAAGCCUGUCGCUGCGUCGUUCAGCUCGAGAAGGCCGUGCCGAACCACUUUCACCUCCAGUGCGACUCCAUGCUACCGGCUCUGGUUCAGGCGCUGCGACACCAGCACUCGGCGCUUCGCACGCUUGCGGUGCAAGCGUUGGGCCCAAUCCUCGAGCAGAAUGACUGCAACUCGCUCACGCCGACAGUCAUUUCUUCAGUGGCGGAACUUCUUGACGACCGCUCUUCCGCCGUCCGAAUGGCCCUGGCUACGGCAGCGGCUAGAUGGGUGGCUAAGACUUUUGGACCGGUCGCUCUGCCAAUUGUCCUCAUAGCACUUACAGAUCCCGUUGAAAGUGUUAGUGCCAAAACAAGCGACCUCUGGCAUGCAGUCGGAAAACUGUACGCAACUGAUCAGUCGAUGAGGCCAGCCAUUGAGAGCGAGGGCUGCCGACUGCUGGUGCAAAAGCACCUCCCGUACCUGGUGGGCGUGGCACACGACUCGUUGCAAGGCUGGCGGCUAGAAGAGCAGCUGCGUGCAGCCAAGCUCCUGUGCGAAGCGUUCCAGUACGCCGGGGCGCACACGGCCAACCACUUGUGCUCGCUGCUACCCACGCUGACGACCGUGCUCUGCCGGGACGAACAGGACCUCAGGCACUGGCUGACCAAGAGCCUGGAAACGUGUGCACGUUGGGUGGACCCCGAGAGCUGGCUGGUGGCAGUGUCGGUUCCCUUUUCGACAGGCGCACUGCACGCCUUGGCAGCGCUCGUACGGCCCUGCCCACCAGACCGGCUGCGACCGUACGCGCAACAGCUGUUCCCCAUCCUGUUUGAGUACUCGGGUGCUGCGGCUGAUACGAGGAGCCAACUUGAAGUGCUGGGAAUCAUGGACGCCCUGCUGUCGUGUGUGUGCGACCCGAUGGACUUGUCGGUCAAGGAACUGUUGUCCUGCUGCCUGAGCAUCCAGGCCUGCUCUUCUCAGGACGAAUGCGUGGCUGAAAAGGUGUCGAUGCUACUGAGGCAGCUCGCGGACAUGCUCAACCUCCCUUGCGUGGAGGACAUGUGCGUCGGCUAUGGCAAGGACAUGAUCCAAGACCUGUCGGAAAACCGGCCACACACCAAGACGACACAGUGGGAUGCCGUGCGGGAGCUCGUCUCACUUGCGGGUCCCCAGAGUGGAGACCUGAUUCCCUCGCUCGUUGCACUGCUCAACGCGGUUCAGCGGAGGCCGGAGUGGCAGCCGCAGGCAGCCACGGUGCUCCAACAGGCACUCUCCGUCGGACGCAUGCCCCCUCAGUGCACCAACGCAGCGUUGCAGGCCUUGCUACCGCUGCUGACUGCUGCGGGACGACCCAGCGUUCCAGCACGCACUGCCGCAUUGCGAUGCCUCCUGCAACUACUGGAGUGCAUACCGUCCCUGCAGGUGUCGGGCGAGGUGGUGACCGCCGUGCUGGGUCUUCUGGAGGACGGUCAGCCUCAGGUGCGCAUGCUGGCCUGUCAGGUGGCCGCCGCGUGCGUGCCCGAACAGCUGGCCGUGCGGGGCCUGGCCGCGAGGCUCGAAGACGACUCGCGACAGGUGCGCAUGGCCGCCGCCCGUGCCCUCGAAAACCUCGCCUUGGAUGGCCUCGAAGAAGCGCUCGAUGCUCUGGCCCUGCAUGCCACCAGCACCGGGAAUGAUGCGGCAGCAGGAGGUGGUGGAGGACGAGAGAGUGCCGGUUCUUACCCUGAGGCUCUCAGCCGAUUCUCCGACACGAGUUCACAGCUGGAAAUGGAAGAAGGCAUGCCCGGCUGAACAAGCGAGGUUCCAAACAACGUUGAAGAAGUUCAUCGUGCGUUGCAACCAGGUCCGCAACUUUAAAUCGCUCUCUUCACUCCGUUUCAUCGAUCAGUCAAUGACCAGCAUUCAAAGAAACACACCUGCCGUGUUACAGAGUCAAACCAGUGUCACAACAGAUGCCCCCACAUUUCUUAUUUUUUUAAUUUUCAUGCUUCAGAAAAUGUACAUAGUCCAAAUGUCGUAUGGUGCUUUCAUUUUAUUCCACGUGUCGUGAUGUUGCGUUGUGAACUAGAGGCUUCCAGAGCUUCCCCGUUGAGUCUGUGGUCUGUUGUGUUGAGUUUGUUGUUCGAAUUGGUGAGAGAAGAUGCGGGUAUUGAACGGUGCUGCACGAUCUGGUAUUUGCAGCUGCCAUCGAAGCUGUCUCAACCUCAACUCGUGUGCGUUGCAUGAUUUCCAGGCUUUAUUGAACAGUCUUGAUCAUUUUGCUGUGCGCUAGUGACCCCUGAAAGGUGACUGUGUUUACAACGUCCUAGAACUUGCUCCUGGGCUAGUUGGUGACUAUGCUUGCUGAACGUGUUCCUGCCAGAGAGUUUGAAACGUGAAGGGAAGGACUGUCUAAAAAGUUGAUGGCGUCUCCAUUGCCUGCCCGUAAGAGUGCUUUAUGGAAGACGUUAGUGCGAACAUCACGCCAUGUUGAUCACAACUCAUAAUCAGUACAAUAUUUAACUAACUACAGUCGAACACGGAUAUAUCGAACUCGAAGGGGAUCGCGAAUUAGUUCGAUAUAUGAAAAAUUCGAUAUAAAAAAAUACAGCUCCCGAGACUUUACCAGUGGCGGACGAUCACCUACAAUCGGCGCAUCCAAGAAUGACGACUAAUUCCGCACACACGAUGCAACAGAAUGUUUUAUUUGUGUGAAAAAAAAUCGCUUAUCUUAGCUGUCCAGGUGUGACAGCCUGGUUCCCUCCAUGGCGCCGCAACAACGGCGAAUCAAGCCGAACGCUGCCGCCACUUCAGUGGCGGAGUACGCUCGUGUAGCCGCCGCCUCGUCCGGACGAUCUUCGUCGCCACUUGAGCUGUCGGACUGGGCAUCCUAGGUCCCUGUGACCGCAGCUACAAUGUCCUCGUCAGCGAGGCUCACAACAGCCUCAACAUUGCAGUCCGCUUCCACGAAAUCGUCCGCAGACACUUCGGGUGGUACGGCAGCCAGGCAGAGGGACGACAACUCGCGAAACGCGUCGUCUAUGUGCUCGUCGUCGCAGGAGCGCGCACACGACAGGCUCCUGACGUUCGCUGCUCUGCUGCCUUUGCCUUGAUAUUUGCCUUGUUCUUCAACAAGGUGCUCAGCGUGCUCCGUGGUAUCCCGAUGUCGUUCGCCACUACCGAACUUUUUUCGCCUGCUUCAACAUGCUGUAUGGCUUUCAACUCCGUCGCAAAGUCAAGGUUCUUGCACUUCUUGAUGCUGUCCAUUGCUACACGAGAAGUCGAAAAUUCAAGCAGUCCGCAGCGCUUUUGCACAGCACGCACGCAAAAGAGGAAUGCGGUGGUGUGCGACAACUCACGGAAGUGGACUCCGCCAACAACGCGCUCGCGAUCAGUCGCGAUGGCGGCAAUGGCUUCCUGCAAGGGCAGCAGCGAUGUACGAAAGACGCGAGCUGUGGUUGGCUGAGCAAAUACGAAAGGUGCGGGCUGUGGUUGGCUGAUCAAAACUCACAAAACAGCAACAAAAAAAGAAAGAAAA